AUGUGUUUUUCAGUGCCGGAUACAAUAAUACAAGUGCUGUUGGAAUCGUCAUCCGAAUCAAUAGCGCUGGGUGAUAGAGCCUGGUUUGACUGCAAAGUAACAGGUGAUCCAGACGCAGAGAUAACCUGGACCAAAGAAGGUGAAGACGAGCUACCGGAAAAUGCGCAGGUUACUGGUAAUCGCUUACUAUUUGUUAAUGUUCGUGAAGAUAACGGUGGUAUCUACAAGUGCCAUGCGAAGACGAAAGCUGGACCGCUGGAAACUCGAACAGUGCUGAACGUUGGGAAUGCAAAACGCAAGCGAAAACAUCUUUCACGUAAAAAGGAGAAAAGGGCCCACAAAGCAGUGAAUAGAAUAGAAAAGAAGAAGCAAAAAACCAUCUUUGGCAGCUGGUUUAAGUCUAGCUAA